UUUGCUAGCAUUAAAAUAAAUGUCCUUUCCCUUUUUUAAAAACAAAACAAAACAAAAAUCCAUUAUUCAAACCAAUAUCAAGUUUGUUGUGACAUUGCUCACAAUGAAAUCCUUCUGACAAAACAGUAUGAUCUCACAAUAUAUAUAUGUAUAUAUAUUUUAAAAAAAUCCCACUAGGGGGAAAAAGUGGGAGGGAGAAGAAACUCAAAAGAGCAGCACCGAAGUCAGCAACAACAUCACUUGUAAUGAGCCUUUGCCUCUCAUGAGAGAGAGACUAUAAUGUGCCUUUCUUGCUGCUGGGACUUUGCUGGGAACAUCUGAGGUAAAAUAGAAAAGGUGCAAAACAGAACUGUGUCUCUUGCUUGUAUCUGACUCAUUAGACUAAGCCUGCCUGAAGAUUAUGGUGCAGAAAAACUCAAGAAAAGUAACCAGGCACUCUGGUUGAAGAAAAAAGAAUUUAAACAAUUCCACACUUCCAUCAAGUAUCCUACACAGGACUGGUGAACUCUAUUAGAAUUCUAAGGCCCAGUUUCUCUCAGCAUGAAGAGAAUAACUGCAAUUGCACUGGUCUUUGUUUUGCUGCUGACUUGUAUAUAUGCUACUAAAGAAACUACAAAGAGGAACAGGAAAUCUAAACAAUCUGUUCCACAGAUUGAGUGUGCCAUCAAAGCUGCAAAGAUCAUCAACCCAGAAUUUAUUGCUAAGUGUCCCUUGGGAUGUCAGGAUGUUAAAUAUCGGGUCUAUGGCACUGAUAUUUAUGCCUCUUUUUCCAGUGUUUGUGCUGCUGCUAUUCACAGUGGAAUUAUUGACAACUCUGGAGGAAAAGUCUUAGUUCAAAAAGUUGCUGGUCAAUCUGGGUACAAGGGUAGUUUUUCCAAUGGAAUCCGCUCACUUUCAUUACCACGAUGGAGGGAAUCCUUCAUACUUUCAGAAGGCAAACCCAAAAGAGGCGUACAGUAUCCAUCCAUUCUGACCUAUUCAUCUUCUGAAAGCACAGUUACUAAAGGAAAUUCAUUACGGAAAGGGUCUCUGACAACUACAGCUCCAUUACCAGCCACACAUGGUGCCGCUCACACAUUCAAACGCUUUACCAUCACAACCGAAUUGGUCAGCACAACUCCAAAGGCAACCACCACUUCAGCCACCAUUGCACCGAUGACCUUCACCAAAGUGACAACUGUUACAGUGGCAAAGCCUCUCGUUGCAGUGCACAAGGUCAGGGAUCUGGGCUCUAGCAAUGUCCAUCCAGUUUAUUCAGCGGUGGCAGCAGCCGCAGCAUCAAGACAAGUUCAAACUGUACAAGGAAGAACUCAAAAUCAAGCUACUGAAACAGAUGUAUGGAAGUUUGGAUCAAGCCUUUUGGACUCGGGUUUCAGCUCCAAGGAAGACAUAGUCCCAAAGCCUUUGAAGCCAGUUUCCCAGGGAAAUCCAAAUUGCAAAGUUGACUUAGCCUUCUUGAUAGAUGGGAGCUGGAGCAUUGGCAGGCGCCGUUUUCAGAUCCAGAAACAGUUCCUCAAAGAUGUAUCUCAAGCUUUGGAUGUUGGCCCAAUAGGGCCUCUCAUGGGCAUUGUUCAAUAUGGUGAUGACCCUUCUACUGAAUUUAACCUGAAGGCCUAUGCAAAUACCAAGGACUUAAAAAAUGCCAUUGAGAAAAUAUCCCAAAAAGGAGGCUUAUCCAAUGUUGGAAAAGCUUUGUCCUUUGUUAACAAAAACUACUUUGAAGAUGCCAACGGCAACCGAGGAGGUGCCCCCAAUGUGGCUGUAGUGUUGGUGGAUGGCUGGCCCACCGAUAAGGUAGAAGAAGCCUCCAGGCUGGCACGGGAGUCUGGCAUUAACAUUUUCUUUGUCACCAUUGAAGGACCCGAUGAAAAUGAAAAGAAGAAUGUGGUUGAGACAAACUUUGUGGACAAGGCUGUAUGCAGGACCAAUGGAUACUAUUCUAUUCAUGUCACCAGUUGGUUUACCUUGUACAAAGUUGUGCAGCCUUUAGUGAAACGAGUCUGUGAUGUUGACCGUCUGGCUUGCAGCAAAACCUGCCUAAAUGCAGCUGACAUUGGGUUUGUCAUUGAUGGAUCUAGCAGCGUUGGCACGGGUAACUUCCGCACCAUUCUGCAAUUUGUAGCCAAUAUUAGCAAAGAGUUUGAGAUUUCUGAUACAGAUACCCGGAUUGGAGCUGUGCAGUACACUUAUGAACAAAGGCUGGAGUUUGACUUUAACAAGCACAACACUAAGCAGGAGGUGCUGAAUGCUAUCAAAAGAAUCAACUAUUGGAGUGGAGGAACCAGCACUGGAGCGGCCAUUAACUUCGCCUUUGAGCAGCUCUUCAGCAAAUCCAAACCCAACAAGCGGAAAAUCAUGAUUUUAAUUACAGAUGGCAGAUCGUACGAUGAUGUCAGGGGACCAGCUUUAGCAGCACACCAAAAUGGUGUAAUAGCCUACUCAAUAGGAAUCGCAUGGGCUGCCCAAGAUGAACUGGAAGCUGUGGCAACUGACCCUGAUAAGGAACAUUCAUUCUUUGUGGAUGAAUUUGAUAGACUCUAUAGAUUUGUUCCUAAGAUCAUUCAGAACAUUUGUACAGAGUUCAAUUCACAGCCACGGAACUGAUUGCAUCCAACUACAAGGGUUGCAUCACUGAAAUUGCAUCUGAUUAAUCAGACAAUGCUAGAUGAGAAGUUUUUACCUAAAGGAUAAUUUCAGAUCUGCUCUCCAGGCAUAAACAUAAUAGAAGCUGUAGAGUAAUACUUCCCCUCCCCCCCCAAACCUCUCCUUAGUGGUUUCCAACCUGAUCUGAUAACAACUUGGCCAAUAGCCUUUGACUUAUUUAAAAUUAUCAUUUGGAGUCAACGAAUUUAACUUCUCCAUAUAAGAGGCAGGGGAUAUUUCUGAGGACUUCACAGCCAUCUAUAUGUUAAUGAUAGCAUUUCUUUGUCAGGGUGGUGGUGACGGCAAAAAAACAGGCUGACUUAUCACAAUCGAUCAAUCAAUCAAUCAAUCAAAACAGAGCUGGAAGGGACCUUGGAGUUCUUCUAGUCCAAUUGUCUUCCGUUAGGAAGUUUUGCUUUAGUUCUAAUUUGCUUCUCACAUUGAUUAGUUUCCAUCCAUUAGUUUCAAAUAUUAUAAAACAGUUUGGACCCUAACCUUUAAUUACAGAUGUUGGCAUUCAUGUAAUUGAUAAGAAGCAAACAAGACACUAGUUAAAUAUAGGUAAUGUGAUUUAAAAAACAUGUAUCUAUGGCCUGCUUACCACAUACUGGAGGAAUAGUUUUCAGCAUAUUGUAUUUUGCCUUUACUUACAUUUAAUGUGCUUCAACUGUAUAUCAGUCUGUAACAUGAGCCCAAACUUUGGGGCAGGCAGAUAAUAGAUAGGUAGGUAGGUAGGUAGAUAGACAGACAGACAGACAGACAAGUUCAGCAUUGUUGUCCUUAUUACAUUCAUGAAAAUAGCAUAGCCCAAAUUUUCCACUCAUUGUCAUAUAAGUAAGGAGAGUAUCCUGCUGAUUAAUCUUGAAAACUGUUACAAACAUGGUACAUCCAAUCAAUAAGUCUCAUUGGGAAUAAUUUUUCCUGUAAAUAUUAAAACCCUCAGUAAAUGACUAUUGGCAUUUGAAUUCUAAAACAUAAUAAUAUUUAUAAUAGCUUUUUGAUCCUUAAUAGACUAAAUAGUAGUUGAGCCCUAAUAGCGGUUUCCUGUUACUUAACUAAGGUUUUCAUACAGAGACAGAAGUCUCUAAAAGUAGCUUGAAAGUGAAAAUACUCUGUCGGGGGUGUCAGACUGCUGGCCCACAGGCCGGAUGCUUCAUGCUGAAACCGUGCCCACCCUAGCUCCAGCAAUGGGGAAAAAGUUGCGAUAUGUCACAUGUCAUGUGACGUGGCAAGUUUGACAUCCCUGCUCUACAUAUAUAUUUUGGCUGAACCAUUCUAAUCUACAUGCUUCUUGACAUUACAAACAAUGAGAUAUCUAAAAGUAGACUGAUUCUAUUUCAGGAAAGACUCUAUAUACUUAUAUUCAUAUAUUUUUUUCCAAUUUACAAAAACAGACAUUAAUUGUAAUUUUGUAUUUCUUAGGGUGUUCUUUUUUAAAAGAAAACUGGGCACUUUCUAGAUCCCCGUACAAUUAUUGUGCUACAUUAGUUUUGGUGGAAAAGCCAACAAUUUCACAAUAAAUAUACAAUGGAGGAUUGCUUGAGCGCUUCUUAGUGUGUAAUGAUCAGUGGUUCUUAUGUCAACUUACUUUACUUCAUUUCUUCAAACUGUCUUCUGAAAUGUUUUAGUCCACUACCUUUAUUUUGCUUCCCUUAGUGAAGGCAAGGGCAAAGAGUACAUUCAGCUGAGUAUUGAAGAAACUUAGUACUUUUUGUGAAAGAAACAUGAAUUUGUGAAUUUCAGUUCCAUGCCUUCUCUCUAUGCACAUGUAUAUCCAAAAGACAGUAAAGCUCCAUGUUCUGUCUUAAGUUGUGGCACUUAUGAAAAAGCAAAAAAAAAAAAAAAAAUAGUGUUUAAUGUGUAAGAAACUUCAGGAGUAUUACUCUUAUACAGCAUGAGAUUAUUUGUCCGUGGAGUUUUCAACAUGGAAACCAUGUUGAAUUAUGCAUUGAGUUAUGCAUCCUCUACAAAGGAACAUUUUAGUGGCUAAUUCUUAAAUGGAUAUCACUAUUCUGAUGAAUUCUGAAUAAUCAGAAUUCUGUUUCAGGCUAACAAUCCAAAUGUGGGAUGAGACUAGUGAUAAAACAAAUCAAUACUGCAUUGUAUGGCAACUACAUAUUCUCAAGAAUGCUAGAAUUCAAUUGCAGCAUAUUUCUAGGGCUAUCUUUUUAAUUAUAACGUGAAGAUUAGAAUAUUUUAAACAUAUCUGAAGUGACUCUAAACAGUCAUUAUCAAAUUACAGCAUUUAUAGGUCUACCACACAACAGAUUAGAAGAAAUGCUUCUACAUCAAAGGGUUCAUUUUAAAAGACUUCACCAAUCAGAAGUCAGGACACCCGGCUAUAAAAACAGGAGCCUAAUCAGGCUCUGCUGAGUUGCCUGUGCCCUAUGUAGCAGCCCAAAAUGCAUUUUAAAAUUAACGCCAGCUAUAGCUGCUAGUGAAAAGUCAGUAAAUCUGUUGCAGUCACUAAACCCUGAAGCACAUUGCCCAACCCAUAUUCAGCAAUGAAUAUCUACACCAGUAGGUUAUUGAACUGAAUUGAGCUGAGCUGAAUUAAACUUUAUCUGGCCAAGUGUGAUUUGACACACAAGGAAUUUGUCUCUGUUACAGAAGCACUUGGUGUAAAUGUGUAUUGAUCAUCACAUUGCUUUUCCUAGAUAUUAUGUACUAUGUAUUCUUGAAAUUAUAGACUCCAGCUAACUUGGAGGUAUGUCAUUGCAGACAGAAACUUAGCAUUUCCAUAUAGGAACUUAAGAGUUUUCAUUAGUACACUGGACCAGCAUGGCUGUGUACCUUUUCUCAACCUCAGCAAUUUUAACAUGUGUGGACUUCAACUCGCAGAAUUGGCUGGGCUUCAAACAAAUAUCUAUCUCCCCAGGCCUUGUUUUGCUUAACAAAGACCCUAAAACAAUAAAUUUGGGAGAACUCAACAACUUAAUUCUUUCUAAGACUGACCCCUAUUGAGGUCUGAUUUUUAUUCAAUGGCAGCAGUCAAAGAUUAUAAGCAUAACACACUGUAUUUCUAUGGGGCAAAAACCAGUUUAUAAAGAAGUUUUUUAUCUUUCUAUUCUAAGCCUUAUAUUUUCAGUGGUUUCUCCAACUUGUAACAUCCAUACAUUCUUGUACAUGUACAAAAUGCAAAGAUACAAAGGUGUUGAAAAAUAGUAUUUAUUAGCACCCAAUUUACAUAAAUAUUUAUUACAAAGGACAUUUAUUUGUUGCUGCAAUGUUUAGUAAAGCUGCUCUGUAUAGUGUUACUACAGAAAGGUCCAUUAGAUUUUAUUCAACAGAGAAUGCAAGUACUAUACAAAACAAUCACACUUUAUUAGCAACUACCCAGAGUUACUACCUUCAUUACCACAUCACUUUUACCUCAUAUUUAAUUGCAAUAACAGAAGAUUACAAGAAAAUUUUCUUGGCAAACAGAUUUACUCAAGAUGCUUCACAAACUUUGUGCCAUUUGCUCUUUAAAAGUUUAUUUUUAAGAAUUUUUAAAAAUACUAAUUCUCAAUUGGCAUGCUCCACUUUUUGCAUCUUUAUCAGAUUUUAACCAAAUGGUAAACUAUAUUGAAAAUUUUAAAGUGCAUAUUCAUAACAAUUAUGAAUAACUCCUGGACUAAAACUGACAGAUAUUGAGUAAUAUUCAUUGAAGAAUUAUUUAUUAUAAAUAUCCCUAAAAUCUAGCAUCACCACCAUUUUCUUUGUUGAUGCAAUAUUUCCUAAUAUGAUGAAACUGAAACCUAACUGAUUUAUUUUAAUCAAAAUGUAGGAAAACUGGUACUACAAAGCAUUAUUAAAACUACUUCCAGUAUAAUAAAAAUAUUGCAAAUUCUAUAUAUAUUUCCCUGGGAGUGAGUCCUACUGAUCAUAGAGGACGUACUUCUAAAUAAACAUAUACAGGAAAAUAGGGGGAAUUAUAAAAACCAUUUUUGAUAAAGAAAAAAAAA